CUGAAACUAACAACUAUCCACAACUCUUCACAACAUCACCCACCCUUUUCAUCUACAAUCUCUCACAACUCAUCAAACUCUCAUAAGUUCAUAAUCAAUGGCUGAAGUCCUACUUUCUACCGUCCUCCAGCUGCUCCCUGUCCUCUUUGAGAAGCUGUCCGAUGCAGCUUUGAAAAGAAUUGCUCGCCACAAGGGAAUUGAUGCCGAGAUCAAGAAAUGGCAGAAAUCAUUAAUCUCCAUCCAACUUUACCUUACUCAUGCUUCUCAGAUGGAGAUAGCCGAUCCAUCUCUGAAACAGCGACUGAAUGAUCUCCAGCAUCUGGCUUAUGACAUUGAGGACGUCCUCGAUGGUUGGGCAACCGACGCUAUGGACCCUGAGUUCAAGCAAGAGCCAGAAGGCGUCACCAGCAAGGUAAGAAAGCUAAUCACCCCAACUUGUUGCACAACUUUCUCACGGACCACUACUAUGAUUGCUGAGUUGGAUGAAAUUUCCACUAAACUACAAGAUCUAGUUAAGGAGAAAGAUAACCUUGGUUUAGACAAUCUUGGUUUGAAAGUGGAAGAGGAAACCAGGCCAAGAAUUAAUAAUAAUCGAAGAUUACAAACCUCUGUUGUCGACCCAUCAGGUAUUGUUGGACGUCAAGCUCAUAAAGAUGCACUGGUUCAACAGUUAUCGUUACCGGCUGAUGAACCAUGUGAUAAAAACUAUAGUAUUAUUGCCAUAAUUGGUAUGGGUGGGCUUGGAAAAACAACUCUGGCUAGACUUGUGUACAAUGAACAACAGGUCAAGGAUCACUUUGAUCUAAAAGCAUGGGUUUGUGUAUCUGAUGAGUUUGAUAUCGUUCGUAUAAGCAAACAGGUCUUUCAAUCUAUGGCAAACAAGGAAGUUUCAGAUUUUAAUCGGCUUCAAGAAGCUCUUAACGAUCACGUAAAGGGUAAAAAGUUUCUGUUGGUACUUGAUGACAUAUGGAGCGAAAGUUAUGAGGAUUGGGAAACCCUCGUCAGACCGUUGUAUACAUGUGCUCCUGGAAGUAAGAUCAUUAUAACAACACGGACGGAUCAAUUGCUCAAACAGUUGGUUUACACUCCUCUACACAAGCAGCUACACGGCCUCUCAGAUGAUGACGCUUUGUCUUUACUUGCUCGAAAUGCGUUAAGUGUAGAGAACUUUGAUGCGCAUUUGUCGCUUAAACCCUAUGCCGAAGGUAUUGUGAAAAAAUGUGGAGGAUUACCUUUAGCUUUAAUAGCACUUGGCAGAUUGUUGAGAACAAAAAAAGACGAAGUAGAGCACUGGAAGGAAGUGUUAAACAGUGAGAUAUGGAGAUUAAAAGAUGAAGGUGGAAUUCUCCCAGCCCUUAGAUUGAGCUACCAUGAUCUGUCUGCACCUUUGAAGAGGUUGUUUGCAUACUGCUCAUUGUUUCCCAAGGACUUCCUGUUUGAUAAGGAGGAUCUGGUUUUACUUUGGAUGGCAGAAGGGUUCUUGCAGCAGGCAACUCCAAAUGAUUCAACAGAAGAACGCUUGGGUCGCAAAUUCUUUGAAGAGUUGUUGUCAAGGUCAUUUUUUCAACCUGCACCUAAUAAUGAAUCAUUAUUUGUGAUGCAUGACCUCAUGAAUGACUUGGCAACAUCUGUUGCUGGUGAGUUUUUUGUAAGGUUAGACGGUGAGGCAAAGAAGGAUAUUGGUGUAGAGAGGUUGAAGUACCGCUAUAUGUCGUUUGUUCGUGAGACAUAUGUAACUUACGAGAAAUUUAAAGGAUUCGCCGAAGCCAUAAAACUGAGGACAUUCUUGGCAUCGUCUGUUGGCAAGGUAGAAAGUUGGACAAGUUUCCACUUAUCCAGUAAGAUUCUCACCGACUUGCUUCCUGAGUUACCAUUAUUAAGGGUUCUAAGUUUGAGCGGCUUUGAAAUAAGUGAGUUACCGGAGUCUAUUGGUACUUUGAGGCACUUGAGAUAUCUUAAUCUCUCUCAAACUCAUAUCACACAUUUACCGGAAAAGGUUUGCAAUCUUGUUAAUUUACAAACAUUGAUCCUGUUUGGUUGUGAUAAAUUAACUGAGUUGCCCAACAACUUCCUAAAUCUGAAGAACCUGCGACAUCUUGACGUUAGGGACACCAAGCUUUUGUUUCAGAUGUUGUUAGAGAUUGGUAAGCUGAAAAGCCUACAAAUUUCUCUCUCGAAAAUUGAUAUCGAAAGUGAAAGCGGAAUUGAAAUAGCCAAACUUAAAGACUUUGAGAAUCUAUAUGGGAAAAUUUCUGUUGUAGGUUUGGAAAAAGUGCAAAAUGCAAUUUAUGCACGUGAGGCGAACUUUUCUGAAAAGAGGCUUAGUGAGUUAGAGCUUGUAUGGGGUGACGAGCUAAAUGAUUCACGAAAUGACAUGCUUGAAAAAGAGGUCCUAAAUGAGCUGAAGCCUUGUCAUGAUAAGUUAAUAAAACUCAAACUUAUGUCAUAUGGGGGAUUUGAGUUUCCAAACUGGGUUGGGGAUCCUUCUUUUCAUCAUUUGAAGCAUGUGUCAAUAAGUGGCUGUAAGAGAUGUACAUCCAUACCGCCACUGGGACAACUACGGUCACUGAAGGAGUUGUUAAUUGAAGGCUUACAUGGAGUGGAAGUUGUGGGUUUUGAGUUAUUUGGGGCUGGUCAAGCAUUUCCUUCACUUGAAAUUCUGAAUUUUCGUGAUAUGUGUGGAUGGAAGAAAUGGUCAGGGGCUGUGUUUCCACGCUUGCAAAAGCUUGAAAUAGAAGAUUGUCCUAAUUUGGUUGAAGUCACACUUGAAGGACUGCCUUCAUUGAAUGAUCUAGAAUUAGAAAACUGUGACAGUGGUGUGUUGAGAAGUCUGGUUGAAGUAGCAUCAGCAGUCACCAAGUUGAGAAUAAAUGAUAUUUCAGGGCUUAAUGAUGAGGUGUGGGGAGGUGUUAUAGAGUCUCUUGGGGCAGUCGAAGAAUUAAGCAUAAGGAAUUGUAAUGAAAUAAGAUACCUGGUGAAAUCAGAUGCAGAUGCAAGUAAGAUUCUUGUGAAGCUGAGGAAACUGGAAGUGUGGCAUUGUGAUAAUUUGGUGAGUAUAGGAGGGAAAGAAGAGGAGGAGGAUAAUUGUAGGAGCAACCUCCUAACAUCUCUUAGGACGUUGUAUGUUUCUGAUUGUGAUAAUAUGGAGCGUUGCAGCUGUCCAGAUGGCAUUGAGGAGUUGAGUGUUGAAGAUUGUAGGUCAAUGAGAGUUGUCUCGUUUCCAAAAGGAGGACAGGAGAAGCUCAGGUCAGUUAGAAUAUGGGGUUGCAGGAACCUAUUGGAAAAGGAGUGGGAGUGGGGAGGACAAAAAAUGAACAACAACAGAAGCAGCAGCAUGCCCAUGCUUGAACAUGUAAAGAUAUAUAAUUGGCCAAAUCUGAAAUCAAUCAUUGAAAUGAACUGCUUGGUUCACCUCACUGAAUUGUUUAUACUCAACUGUCAAAACCUUGAGUCAUUUCCAGACACUUUAAAAUCGUUAAAGAAGCUGGAAAUAAUCAAGUGUCCCAAAUUGGAGGUUUCCUUUCUUGGUGACGAUUUGACAUCAUUGAAGGAACUGAGCAUAAGAGAGUGUCCAAGAAUGGAUGCUUCUGUUCCUGGUUGGGUUUGGCCUCCCAAUUUGCAAAUCUUAGCAAUUGGGAAGUUGAAGAAGCCCUUCUCCGAGUGGGGCCCACAAAGUUUUCCAACCUCACUUGUGGAACUAGAGUUAUACGGUGGUGGUGAAGAUGGCUUGAGUAGUAGUAGUAGUGAAUUUUCUCAUCUUCUUCCUUCAUCUCUUACUUCUCUUCAAAUACAUGGAUUUGAGAGAUUGGAAUCUUUUUCAGUGGGACUCCAACACCUCCAAUCUCUCUCUUUUGACUUUUGUCCUAAUCUGAAGAAAGUGUCUUCACAUCCCCAACACCUCACCUCCCUCCACCAUCUCUCUUUUCUCUAUUGCCCAAAGAUGAUGGAUCUACCAGAAAUGUUGUUGCCUUCACUCUUGAGUUUAAACAUCUACUUUGGUUGCCCAGUUCUGAAAGAAAGAUGCAGUAAAAACGGGAGUUACUGGCCCCAAGUCUCCCAUAUCCCCUGUAUCUACAUAAGCCGAAGUUAAUAUGAAGAUUUGAUUUGAUGCUGCAGCUUGGAAACAUUUUACAGCAGGGAGCAAAAAGUUAGGCUUCAUUGGAAGAUUAUGAUGCAGGCUACUUUUUCCUUUAUCGUUUUUUGCCGAUACCUAUUAGUGCAUAAAAGAACCAGCUGACUUGGAUUCUAUUUUGUUGGUAAUGGUUCAGACUGCAGAUUGUAUUUUGUGUGUAGUAUACUCUAUUACUCUAAUGUUAUUUGUGACUAUUUCAUCA